UUAAACAAUCUGUGUCUGGGUUCAGUGCACAUGCUGAGUUCCAGGGAUCUGACACUCACAGAAGGAUCAGCAUAUAUAUGAGGGUGAUGUCAAAAGCCGAAGCUUGGGUUGGGACCUGGAGGCCUCACAAGCCAAGAGGGCCCAUUGCUGCACUCUAUGGCAGUCCAGGGCCCAAGUAUGCACUGCCUGGACUCACAGGUAUUGCUAAACAUGACCCUACUAAAUACAAAGCACCAAUGUUCAGCUUUGGGGCACGUCAUACUCACAAGUCCGAGAGCUCCCCUGGACCAAGCUACCUAAUCCCCUCCAACAUCACCAGAGUGGGCCGAGACGGCGCUCCUGCAUUUUCCCUCUACAGCCGUCCAAGGGAGCCACAGUUGUUCCAGGCCCCUGGACCAGGUAAAUACUCACCAGAGCAUUCCGGGAAGUCCGUCUUCCAGUCUGCUCCUGCUUAUUCUCUGUCUGGGAGGACCAAAGACCUCAGCAUUAUCACUACACCAGGUCCAGCCUCCUACUCUCUGCCCCCAGUGCUGGGGCACAACACUGUGGCCACAUCUGCAGCUCCCACCUUCUCAUUCUGUGGCCGCAGCAAAAAUGGAAGCUUCCAUGAGGAUCUGAAAAAGACUCCUGGCCCUGCUGCCUACAAAGUUGUGGAUCCUUGUACUUACAGCCAAAAAUCUCCCCAGUUCAGCAUGACAGGCCGCAACUUCCCACCUGCUGAAACCACAAAGAAGCCGGGGCCUGGUGCACACUAUCCUGAACAGGUGACCUUCACAAGAGCAAAAGCUCCCAGCUUCUCGUUUGGACUGCGUCACUCGGAAUACAUCUCACCCCUCAUUGUAGAUGUGCCUGAAUAAUGUCACAUGUGCUCGCUUGUAUUAACUGGGAAUUCACACAACAUACAGCACAAAGAGCACAAUAAAGCACAAAAAGCAAACUGCUCAGGA